AUGCUUCAGAGACAAAAAAGAGACUGGAUCAUUAAUUCCUUUAAAAUUCAAGAAAACAGUAAAGGACCUUUCCCGCAUAAACUGGGCACAAUUAAAAUAGAUAAGAACUUCACCAUUUUCCAAAUCGAAGGCCAGGGUGUUAAAGAAGAACCCGUAAACACCUUACAAAUCAACGAAGAAACAGGAGUGGUUCAUGUCCUUAAGCCUGUGGACUACGAGGCUUUCCCGAUGUUGAAGGGUCUAGGGAGAGUGAAAGAAGGAGAGGAGAAUGUUACUGUUUUCCGUCUGCACGUUCAAGAUGAAGACGAAGAAGGUACAAAAGCCUGGAAAGCCAAAUAUAAAAUCCAUGGAGACUCCAAGAAUAACUUCAAAAUCAUUACUGAUUCUGAGUCGAAUGACGGACUACUAAUUGUGGAAAAGCAUCUGGACUAUGAAGACAGUUCUGAAAAGAAGUUGAAUAUCACUGUAGAGAAUGAGAUGCCCUUUUACUCCUGCAAAGUGAAGACUCGCAAAGACAACGAUCUUUGGGUUGUAAUGACUGAUAACAAAGAAAAAAGCCAACCCCCCUAUCCAGUGACAGUGCAUGUGGAGGAUGUCAAUGACGCCCCAGUCUUACACCCAAGUAACGAAAAAGUUCCGCUGAAAGAGAACACUGAGAAGGGACGCCACCUGAUAACAUUUACAGCUGAAGACCACGAGAAAGGAGCUGCAAACAAAAUAGUAUUCAAAAAAGAAGCCGAUCCAGCUGAUUGGGUUACAGUAGACCCCAAAAGUGGAAAAGUUACCUCAUCAAGGCCUGUGGACCGAGAGUCGUCAUUUGUGAAAAACAACACCUACAUUGUCAAUAUAAUUGCUGUUGACAAUGGUAAACCUCCAAUGACAGGCACUGCUACCCUCACCAUUUUAAUUAUUGAUGACAAUGACAACGCUCCAUACCUACCUGAAAGCACAAUCGACAUCUGCCAAUCUGAUAAACCAUCUAAGGCCAUCCUCAAGGCCAUUGACUUGGAUGAAGGAGUCUACAGUGGGCCUUUCAGCUACACGCUGCUUGGAGAUGUUAAGGGGAAAUGGAGUAUUGAUCCUCCUCAAGGGUACUCUGUGAACCUGGUCAAAGAAAGCAAAGUUCACUCUGGACACUAUGAGUUGCAGCUGAAGUGUCGGACUUGCAGCUCAAGUCUGCUGUCCACAACCUGUCAGUUACUGUGUGUGAAUGCACAAACCCAGAAAAACCAAACUGCCGUGUGCGCAAAUCUACUGGCGCCGCAGCUGGAGGCACAUUUGUUGGGAUCCUUUUUUUGGCAUUUCUACUGAUUGCAGCCAUUCUCCUUUUAGCUUUUUUGAUAUCAUGUAAGAAAAAGCAGGACAAGAUAGCAGAGGAUGAGGGUUCAGGACAGCAACUCAUGAUCUGCAACACUGAGACACCAGGAGAUGACUGCAAAGUGAAGUCACACAAAGUGAAGAGUCAAAAUGAGGAGAAAAUCAAAAGAAAAUCUCAAGUCAAAACAAGUAGUGCACCACAAG